AUGAUCCGCUCGUUACCUUUUCGGACAGUCGGUCUGAGCCGGAAUGCACCGGGGCGUGUCAUCGCCCCGCGCCUCCUGGACAGCAUCGCCGCGCCCGGCCUGACCCGAUCCUCGAGCCUGUCAGCCAUCCAUCGUGGUCUUCGCCGAUCCGACCGAGCCCAGCACGGGAGUGGCUCGAGAGGAGGAGGAGAUGGUGGUGGUGCGUCGCCGCCGCCGCCGUCGCGGGGACGUACCGGUAGCAGAGAUGGCAGGCACCGCACCGAGAGGGCCCUGGAGGGCGCUGGGUCCAAGCGGCAGCAGGACAGGCUGCUGCGCAAGCUCCGCCGCAAGCAAGAGGAGGACGAGGAGGGCACAGGCAAGAUGACGAGGCGGAAACGCUUCGCGGAUCCGACGACGGACUUUGGCAAGAGGAGCCUCGUAUACCACCUCAAGCACGGUGACCUGAAGGAUCUGGCGGGAAAGAUUGACGACCCCGUGAGUCCCAGAUCGCCCCUGGACAACAGGCGCAAGGACUGGGCGAUCCGCGAUGCCAUCGCCGGCCGCACGCCGCUUCCGACCAAGGAGCAGCAGCAGCGCCGCCGCGCCGGUGGCCGCCGAGACGACAGCGGCACGGCUGCACCCCGUGAUAGGGCCACCUUCUCCAGACGAGACGACGGGAAGGCUACGAGACCAGCGCGCGCCUCCGCCGCCGACGACGACGACGACAACGUCUCGAGACCGGCCCCGCGCCCGCGAAACGGCGGCAUGAUGCCCCUCACCAUCAAGUACACGACGGCAGCGUCGCAGUUCCUGUACGGCCGAUCGGUGGUGAAGGCGGCGCUGGAGCAGGCUCGCCGCAAGCUGUACCGGCUGUACAUAUACGCGGGGGAGUCGCGCAUCGAGACGCGGGACAUUGCGUCGCUGACGACGCUGGCACGCAAGCACGGCGUGCCCGUGACCAUGGUCCCCAACGAGGACCAGCGGCUGAUGGACAAGAUGAGCACGGGGCGGCCGCACAACGGCUUCGUGCUCGAGGCCUCGCCGCUGCCCCAGCUGCCCGUCACGUCGCUGGGAGCGGUGGAGGAGGCGCCGGGCAGGCCGCUUGGCUUUCACGUCGAGCUGGGCCACCAGUCGCGCGAGGAGGCCGACGUCAACGGCACGGAGGCCUUCAUCCCCCGCCGCCCGUCCACCAGCCGGUCAGGCCGCCCGCUGGUGCUCCUGCUUAACGAGAUCGUCGACCCGGGCAACCUGGGUGCCAUGCUCCGCACGGCGAGCUACUUUGGCGUGGACGCCGUGGGCGUGACGGACCGCAACUCGUCGACCCUCACGCCCGUCGUGCUGAAGUCGGCGGCCGGUGCCGUCGAGGAGGUCUCCAUCUUCACCGUCGACUCGGCCGUCAGGUUCCUCGAGGAGUCGCGCCGGGCCGGGUGGAGGUCGUUCGCCGCCGUGGCGCCGCCGAGCAGGAAGCUCACGUCCAUGCAUGCGGGCAAGUUUGUCUCCACCGGCGACAUCGAGAAGGAGAACCCCCUCGCUGAGAGCCCCUGCAUCCUCGUCCUCGGCAACGAAGGCUUCGGCCUGCCCAAGCAGGUCAAGAUGGCAGCCGACCACGAGCUGUCAGUGCCGCGGUUCGUCCACGACAGCUGCGUCGACAGCCUGAAUGUCAGCGUCGCCGCCGGCUUGCUCUGCAACGCUUUCGUCAAGGAACCCCCUGCCAUUCGGGGGCCUCAGCUGGCUAGACGCCAGGAGAAGGCUGAGGAGACUGAGGAGAAGGGGCAGGACGCCAUGUUUUGA